AUGAAAUUAAUCCUGAAUAUAUUCCUCAGAUUAAUGUAUUUAUUAAAAAGCGCCAUACAAUUCUUAUAAAUCCAAGUAGAAUCUAGUAAUGUACAAUAAAUGCAAGUCUGUGUAGAAAUAAAUAAUAGUCUAACAGCCUUUUCUUAUUCAUAUUUUUAGAUUAUACAAUAUUACAAAGAUAGAUCUCUAGUAGUUUAAUAAUAAACCAUGAAAAUAGAUGAAAAUUUUUUAAAGUUAGAUAGGUAUAAUUUUGAUUAGUAUUAUUUUGAAGUUUCUGUUAAUCUUAAUUUAAAUAAUUGUCAAAAACUCUUUAAAAAGUUUGAUCAAUAGUAAGUUUCAAGGCAUCAAUUUUCAAUAAUGCAGAUAUUCAGACUUUUGGAUUUUCUUAGAAUUUAAAAGUGAAGCUUUGGGGAAUCUGGAUAUUACUUGUAAAAAUAUUAAAUUAGAAUUUAAACAUAUCCUCUUAAGAAUCUCAAGAAUUUUGAAAAUGUGUGAAUUAAACAAAGAGGAACUUAAAAGGAUUUUAUAAGGUUUAAAUAACCAAAUAGAGCUGAUUGAUAUAGAUUUAUCUUAAUUUUUGAAGCGUUUUUCAGCAAUUGAAUAGAAAGACUUAGUAAGAUAAUUAGAAAAGAAUAAAAUUGAUGUAUAUUUGAUGAGCAGAAGAUUAAUUAAUUUGAAAAUACUGGUGAAAAGUGGAAGUAGUAGGAUUUUUUGA